AUGGCAGGCCUUCUCAAACUUACCCAGGCUGUCUUCAUAUGCAAAAUCCUUUCCGUUGUCUGGUUUGAAGGAUGUUCCGCUUCGGUCCUUUCAUCCUCUGUUGGUGCCUCCGUCCAAACCAGCAGUGGAUUGAUCAUCGGUCAUGCUGGCCCUCAAUUCCCCGAUACCUCUGAGUACCUAGGCAUCCCAUUUGCAUCACCCCCGAUAGACAAACUACGGUUCGCGGCUCCAGUGGCAUUCGAAUCCAAACAGACCGUUUUAGCAAAUGCCUAUGGCCCCAACUGUCUAUCCAACAAUGAGACAUUUCCACUGUAUCCUGGAUCAACUCCUCAAUACUCUCGGGUUAUGAGUGGUUUUUUACAGCAACAAGGCCCACAAAGUGAGGACUGCUUGUACCUUAAUAUAUGGACCAAACCCCAUCCAUCCAAGCUGAAACCGGUUCUACUGUGGAUUCAUGGUGGACGAUUCGUCAUUACUGGUGCCCAAUGUCCAUACUACGAUGGGCAAGUCUUGGUCUCAGAGCAUGAUAUUCUUCUAGUCACAAUCAAUUACCGGUUGAACAUCUUCGGUUUUUCAGGCGCCCCAACCCUCCCUCAAAACGUAGGUCUCCUCGACCAACGCUUGGCCAUUGAAUGGGUGCACCGCAACAUCGCAGGAUUCGGCGGAGAUCCAGACCGCAUCACUAUAUUCGGAUCCUCAGCCGGUGGUACCUCAGUCGAUCUCUACUCCUAUGCCUGGGCCCAUAACCCACUCGUCAGUGGCCUCAUUUCGCACUCCGGAACAGCAUUGAGCUACAUACCCAAUACACCACAGCAAUCUGCAGAUGCUUUUUACAAUAUAUCUGCGUCUCUGGGAUGUGGAACUCGCUCUGAGAAAGAGCAUCAGGUUCUGGAGUGCAUGCGACAGAAAUCUUCCGAGGAGAUAUUUACCGCGUCCAGCAAUGCUCUCAUGCUCGACACUGCUACCAUUCCCGAGCCGAUAUUCCAUCCCGUUGUGGACGAGAUGACGGUAUUUAGUGAUUACAAGAAGAGAUCCGCCGAAGGAAGGUUCGCAAGAUUGCCAUAUCUAGUAACCAGCAACGACAACGAAGCCGGCUUCUACCGUCUCGCCGCAUACGCAAGCACGAUCGCCGUCAGCGAUUUUUCCUGGGACCAGUUCAAUCUUGCAGCGUUUACAUGUCCUAGUGGACAAGCUGUCCGAGAUCGGGUAGCUCAUAAUGUUCCCGCAUGGCAGGCUCGAUACUUUGGUGACUGGGACAACCUUCGUCUUUAUCCUGGAAGUGGGGCCUAUCAUGGAUCUGACCUGCCGAUGGUUUUCGGGACCGCAGAGAAAAUCAGUAUGCUUCCAGAUAGUGAAGCUGAAAGGAAAACUUCUCAUUAUAUGGCUUCGGCUUGGGUGGCUUUUGCUAGUGAUCCGAAAAAUGGACUGAAGAAGUUUGGAUGGCCGAGGUAUGAUCCACAUGAGAAAACUUUGGUUGGACUGGCUUAUAGGAAUUCGACAGUAGAAUUUUUGGAACCGCGGCAGUUUGAGGGUGGAUGUACUGCUUUCAAAGAGGAUAUAAUCCUUGGGGGAGGGGCUAUUUAG